CUUGAAGCAAAGUUUUUAUUUAUUUUAAUAGGUCCGGCUGGCUAUCCCCUUCCUACUUGUUACACUAAUGCUGAUGGAUUUAUGUGUUGUAAUAAAGAAUUGGAGAAUUUAAUGGAUAAUACAUAUCGGAAUUUAAGUCGUUCACGUGACGGCAAAUGGAAACCUUGCAAUUUCCACCAAGUUAGUUUUUUAAUAAAACAUGAAGCAAAGCCAUAA